CGAACUAGAAAUUCUUUCUCGGCGAUCCGAUCCAUCGCAACCAGUGSCAUAUCUUCCAAUUCCUUGUUCUUUCUACAACACCUGCUAGUGUUCGGGCAUCUCAGACACCCUUAUAAUUCUUGCAGUGACACCUAUGCAAUUGUAAACCCCAGCAACAGCAACAACCACAACCACUGAAGCACACCWCCACCAAGAUGAAUUUAUCUCUGUCCAGUCUCGCCCUGAUUUCCCUGCUGUCGUCGACCACGACGACCKGGGCCUUUGCCUUUGCGCCCAGAACCCCCAAGACCGCAUCCGGUUCUCUCUCCAUGAUCUCCCCCGGCUCCAAGAACGUCGUCGCCUUUACCACGACGAUACACCGCGAGGAGGUCGACCUCGAGUCCCUCAGCCUGCCGCAGCUGAAGCGCAUGCAGCGCGAGCUGGAAAACCUGAACGCCGCCUGCACGGAAGAGGGCACCCAGACRAAUCCCGAGUGCGACGUCGUGCUCAAGGACGAGCGGGACGACGCCAUUGUCCAGAUCCAGAACAUGAUCAGCGAGCGCACGGGCAAGAACUCGAACCUGAARUACGUCGACAUGGAGGCCGUCCGCGAAAUGGUCAAGCAGCCCUGGACGCACUCGCUGCGCACGAUCCGAAAGCAGAUCUCGGCCAUGGAGAUUCUCAACUGCGAGUGCACCGAAGACGGAAACCAGACCGAUGCCGCMUGCGACGUUCAGCUCAAGGACGAGCGGGACGCCGCCAUCGAAACCCUCGGUCUCUACAUGAAGAGCGUCGAGAAAAUGCUGCAGACCGAGGGCGUCAGGGCCGAGGAGGAGAGGAAUCGCGGGAACCUUCCCGGGGCGUCCGAGAUAUGUCUUGACGCCCGUGUCGGAGCAGAUGGAGCAGCCGGGGCUGCCACCACCUUUGACAUGGGCGAAAUCCGUGGCUGCGUCGACCAGCCCGGAUCCCGAUCCCUGGUGGAGAUGCAGUCCAUGCUGGCMCAGCUCGAGGCGGUCCACAACGCCUGCACCGAGGAGGGCUGCCAGACCAACCCCGAGUGCGACGURGAGGUCAAGGCCGAGCGGGAUGCCCUCAUGGAAUCCCUCGUCUCGCAGAUCCACGACGCAAAGCUCUGCAUGGCGCAGAUCAAGGCCUUUGCCGAGCAGGGCGACAACCUCGACAACGUUGCCAUGGAAGAGCUCAUGAACACGGUCAUCAAYACGAUCCCGAACCUUCCCAAGAACGGACAGUUCAGCGGACCCACCGACGAGUUUCUUGUGCAGAUCUAGGAGCGGCGGGAGGCUCUCUUGUUCAUACUACAUCCUACCAUACACGAUACCAUAACAGACGACACGAUGUUCGAGUCGAGUCGAAUCGAAUCGAAUCGAAUCGGACCAGCUGCGCAACGGACCGAACCCAGCUCUCGUGCUGUAUUAUUUUUUUGCCAUUAUUAUUCUCCCGUCCGAAGAGUCAACGAAUGGGCGGAUCGACGGCGACAACACGACCCGGCGUUUCGGGUUUUCUUGCGUUUUGGGAGCAAGCAUGUGUAAUACUAAUUAUUAUAAAGGGUCGCRUUUGUU